CUCCAACAUCCAAUCUAAUCUUCGAGUAUUCUCAAAAACUCUAUAUCAUCGAUAUCAUGCCAGUCUUCCGCAAUGUUCGCAGACAAUCUGGACGCCUGGGCAAGCAAACCGCAGUUUUUUACGAUAAGGACGGUUGGCCGAUCCUCAACGAUGUCGACACCGACGAAUGCAUGACCUCCGAAGCCAGAUCCCCAUCCCCAUCCCCCCCUUCGUCGAUCGCAAUCCCGAAACUCCCAGUUUUCGGCGCGAACUACUAUAACGCGAAUGAUCACUCCGAGGAAUCCCAGGACGAGUCCAUUCCUCGGCCAAGUUCCCGCCGAGCUCGCAGGCGCUCUUCCUCCUGGACUUCCGCGUCUUCCCAUUCCAGUGCACCUUACAACAUCGAAAGUCGGCCUCGAAAGAAGAACCAGAAGGAGGGACACAUUCCCCGUCCCCCCAAUGGCUUCCUCAUGUUCCGAUCCCAUUACAUGCGAAACAACAACACGCCUGAGGCAAACAAGCUCCAGAACCACCUCUCUAGGAACGCUGGGAUUGUCUGGAAAAAGUUGUCGCCCGAACAGCAGGAACCAUUCUAUCGUCUUGCCGACGACGCCAAGGAGCGGCACCGUAUUAAGUACCCCAAUUAUUGCUAUGCACCCAAGGGGUUGGGGUCAAAGUCAAAGUCAAAACCCAAGCGUAAAUCCACUGCGGACUCGACAACUGCGCAGCCUAAGCCGCGCUCUACUCGUGUUGCCGCGGAACGACGCGUUCGCAGGCGCGUCGUUUACACUUCCUCUCCCUCGCCGACUCCGUCACUCGAGGGGCGCUCGGAUUUCGAGUCCGAGGAAGAGAUGGUUGUCAAACAAGAGUGUGACUCAGAGGACAGGUUUGUCCCAACCAGCGAGAUUCCAGUUCUCGAGCUAUCGCCGCCUCCGGUCGAGAAAAAGAGCCCCGAGCCCGAGUUUGAUCUCACCGUGCAACCACCACACUUGGACCGCAUUCCGGAGCAGUUUGGAGUGAAGCCCUACGCGGCGUUCACUGCAAUGGAGACCUUUCUGCCGCCUCUUCCAUGCUCCUAUAGAGAUCAAUCGUCCUUUGGUUUGGACUGGGACUUCACAGGCGAUCUCACAGUCCGCGAUGGGACCUUCGAUGCGAGGUUUCAACUUGGUGUCGAAUCUCUCUUGAGCUUUUGCGAUUCGUCCAAUGCAGAAUGUCCCCCUUCCCCAGGAAUUGCUGACAGCGAUAUGGAGGAGAUGGUGGCGAAAUAUUUCAACUUUGACCUAUUCUGCGCUUGAUUUCCCCAUGAUCCAUCCCGCAGACUUGUUACGCAUCUAGGAAAAUUAGCAUUUACAUCAGUAUACCCACACACCGGAACAUGUACCACCACUUGGAAUCAGAGAUUUUGUUAUACGC